CGGCGCGCGUGCGCCUGUGCGCGGGCAGCCAUGGCGGCGCUGCUGGAGCACGAGAGCCAGGUCUUCUUGGAUCUGUUCCACCAGGAUGGGCUGGUGAUCUGCGCCCGCGGGCUCGGCAUCGACCGCCUGCUGCUGCGCUUCCUGCGCCUCUAUUGCGAGCCUGCCAGCCUCGUGCUAGUGCUCAACACCAGCCCCGCAGAGGAGGAGUAUUUUAUCGAUCAGCUGAGGUCAGAUGGAGUUGUUCAUCUUCCUCGGCGUGUUACCAAUGAAGUUACAAAUAAUACUCGGUAUGAAUUUUACACUCAAGGAGGAGUCAUAUUUGCUACAAGUCGAAUCCUUGUGGUAGAUUUCCUUACUGACAGAAUUCCUGCAAACCUCAUUACUGGCAUUUUAGUAUACAAAGCACACAGAAUAAUUGAGUCCUGUCAGGAAGCCUUUAUCUUGCGACUUUAUCGCCAGAAGAACAAACACGGCUUCAUUAAAGCUUUCACAGAUAAUGCAGUUGCAUUUAACACCGGCUUUUGCCACGUGGAAAGAGUAAUGAGAAAUCUUUUUGUCAAGAAACUUUAUCUUUGGCCAAGAUUUCAUAUAGCAGUGAACUCAUUUUUAGAGAAGCAUAAACCUGAAGUGGUGGAAAUACAUGUGUCAAUGACCCCUGCUAUGCUUGCUAUCCAGACUUCAAUCCUCGAUAUUCUGAAUGCAUGUCUGCGAGAACUCAAACGAUACAAUCCAGUUCUUGAAGUAGAAGAUUUGUCUUUAGAAAAUGCUAUUGGUAAACCUUUUGACAAGACAAUACGUCACUACUUAGAUCCUCUCUGGCACCAACUUGGAGCUAAGACAAAAUCUUUAGUCCAGGAUUUGAAGAUACUACGUACUUUGCUACUAUAUCUAACUCAGUACGAUUGUGUCACUUUUCUCAAUCUUCUGGAGUCACUGAAAGCAAGUGAAAAAGCUUUUGGUGAGAAUUCAGGUUGGCUGUUUCUUGACUCCAGCACUUCAAUGUUUGUAAAUGCUCGAGCUAGAGUUUAUCGCAUUGCAGAUGAGAAACUGCAUCAGAAAGGCAAAGGCUCUGAAAAAAGUGGUGUGAAGAAGGAAAAUGAAUUAAAAAGGGAAUUGGUUCUAGAAAGUAACCCAAAAUGGGAAGCUUUGAGAGAAGUGCUGAAAGAGAUUGAAAAUGAGAAUAAGAACAGUGAAGACUUUGGUGGUCCAGGGCAAGUGCUUAUUUGUGCCAGUGAUGAUCGAGCUUGUGCACAGCUCAGGGAGUAUAUUAUUGCUGGAGCAGAAGCUUUUUUAACAAGACUGUAUAACAAAACCUUUGGAAAGGAUGAGAAAGCUGCAGAAGUGUGGAUUCAGGACAGAAAAGCUGUCAAGUCCAAAGGAAAUGCCAGACCAGAUGGAGGGCCUCAAGCCAAAAAAGCCAAACUCACAGCUUCGUCAAAACAAUGCAAACCCAAGAAGCAGCAAGACCGGACUAUAAUCCAAAUGAUAGGGAAAACUGAGGAGGAAAAGAGAGAGAAGGUGGAGAAGGAAGACAGCAAAGAAUUAAGCAGUAGCCAAGAAAGCAGUAUUGAAGAGAACAUUCCUGAAGAUUUCCAUGUGAACUUACCCUCAGAUUGUUACUAUGGCAUUUUCAAGAACCCGCUCACAAUCAUUCAUCCGCUGCAGGGCUGCAGUGAUCCCUAUGCACUCACUCGGGUCCUGCAUGAAGUAGAACCAAGAUAUGUUGUGCUAUAUGAUGCAGAGCUGACUUUUGUUCGGCAGUUGGAAAUCUACAAGGCCAGCAGGCCUGGAAAGCCUUUGAGAGUUUAUUUCCUCAUAUAUGGGGGCUCAACAGAAGAACAGCGCUACCUCACAGCUCUGAGAAAAGAGAAGGAGGCCUUCGAAAAGCUCAUUCGAGAGAAGGCCAGCAUGGUUAUUCCUGAAGAAAGAGAAGGAAGAGAUGAAACAAAUUUAGACCUAAUAAGAGAUGCUAAUCCUGCUUCUUUUGUUCCUGACACACGCAAAGCAGGUGGCCAGGAACAGAAGAGUAUUCAGCAAACUAUAAUAGUGGAUAUGCGGGAAUUUCGUAGUGAGCUUCCAUCGCUGAUUCAUCGUCGUGGUAUUGAUAUUGAGCCUGUUACUUUGGAAGUUGGGGAUUAUAUUUUAACUCCUGAUACCUGUGUGGAGCGGAAAAGUAUCAGUGACCUGAUUGGCUCCUUGAAUAAUGGCAGGCUGUAUGCACAGUGUGUUUCCAUGUCCCGUUACUACAAGCGACCGGUUCUCCUGAUUGAAUUUGAUCCUAACAAACCUUUCUCUUUGAUACCACGUGGCUCUCUAUGUCAGGAGAUUUCCAGUAAUGAUAUUACUUCUAAGCUAACCCUUCUCACACUCCAUUUCCCAAAGUUACGCAUCCUGUGGUGUCCCUCUCCCCAUGCUACUGCUGAGCUGUUUGAAGAGUUAAAACAGAACCAUCCCCAGCCUGAUGCAGAAACAGCGAUGGCUGUCACAGCAGAUUCUGAAAUUCUUCCCGAGUCAGACAAGUACAACCCUGGUCCUCAGGACUUCCUGUUAAAAAUGCCAGGUAUUAAUGCAAAAAACUGCCGUGCCUUAAUGAACCAGGUUAAAAGCAUUGCAGAGCUGGUGACACUGUCAAAAGACGAACUCCAUAAAAUCUUGGGUAAUGCUGCCAACGCCACACAACUCUUUGACUUUAUUCACCUGACCUACGGAGAGGCAGUAUCUAAAGAAAAAAGCAAAAGGUGACUAAUGGGAUUGUUCAACAUGGGGCAUAGAUAAGCUGUUCUUGCACAGUACUUUGGCAAGUACAUGAACCAUUUUAAUAAAUGCCCUCUAAGAUAACCAACUGUUUCUUGCUAAUGCUGUUCCAUUAGUUUUGAUUUUGAGUUAAUUAUUACUGAAAGCGAGUUUCAGGAGGAACAGAACAAAUUUUAAAUAGAGAAACAUGAAGGCUAUUUAUUCUUUCUACAGCACUUCCACCAAUUCUAUAAUAUCACCAAAUGAACUAAAUUAAAUUCUUCACCAGCUCCAUGAGAAUUAAGUGCUAAGAUGAAUUAAUAAAGGUGUUUUCUUUUGAAAGUUAUAAUGUCUUGUUAAAGCUAAAAUGUCCUGUCUUUUGAUUAGCACAUGUGACCUGCUGCAUGAUCUAUAACUUUGCCUUUGCUGAUUUUUGUUAACAUCUUACUCUCUGGAAAUUGCCAAUUUUUGAUUGACAGUGAUGAGGCUGAUGAGGCCUUUGGUCAGGAGUUCAUUUAGGAGAACGCACUUGAACUCAAUUAUGAAUUUUAGAACAUCAUUGUAGGCCCUUGUCACAGUAAACCACAAUUGUAUGAUAUAUUCUACAUUCUAUUUGCUUACUUUAGGAGAAAUUAUGCUUUCUUUUUUGACAUUCCAAAGUCAGUAUAGGUCUAUCUUGCUAGAUUUUACAAAGUAUAUUCCUUUGGUCGGGGCUGGAUAGAGAUUCUGUGAUGACAUGAUGGAACUUCCCAGCGUGCCUUACUUACACUUUCAAGAUGCUUUAUUUUUUUAAUCCAUUUUGAUAGCUUUCAGCUCAAUCACUUGAAAGUGAUAAAUCUAGGUAUACCAUUGGGACUGUUCCUUUACACCAGAGCAGAUUUCCUCUCAUGAAAUGCAACAGUUUUCUAAGUAAGAUUUUCCAAAAGGGUUGACAGUUCUUCCAAUAUUACCUUCUUUCUGUGUCCUAUUGCACUUGCAUUUUAAUGUCUUAAAUAGACCAUCUGUCAAUAAAUUUAAAAAAAAAUAAAAAUAAAAGUAAAGCCACUGUCACCUUUUAGCAUUCUUUGUAGCGUACACCAGGGAAAAGUUCUGACAGACUCUGAAGGUGUAUAUUGUUAAAAACGUAUUCUGCACUGACCUUUGAUACGGAACUAUGUAACCACCUGCCACUGCCAAAGGGCUGGUCCUGCGUCUUGACAUGCUGAUGUAUUUCCAUUAGCUCUGUACAGAAUCAUUACCUGUAAUGACUUGCACAUAUGUAUUUCUAUGAUUCUAAUGCUGGCAAUAGAUCAACAUAAUCGCCAUUGUGUAAGGAGAAAGUACUGAUAUUCUGUAUGCAAGUUCAGUAAAAUCUGUACUGUGCACUUUCAGGUUUAACGUUUGCUAUUCAUUUUAAGCAUGAAUUGAUGAAUUUGUUAACUUACACUCUAGGACUGAGGAGAUUUCCAAAGUGAGCAUUUUUCUGCAGGUGCAAAUUUCAGUAUUAAAAGAUUAAAAUGUGUUAUUUAUCUUGUUCCUCAUUUGGCCAUAUUGAUAUCAGAACAUUUUAAUUUUUUUAGUGUGUGGUUUAUAAUAAAGAUUUUAGUGUUUCUGUUGCCCUAUAUUCUUAUUUGUUUCAUUAAAUAUAAAAAUAAGUCUUUCCAUUAGACUUAUUCAAAGCAGUAAGGUCACAAAUGCUCAGGAUUGAGAAUGCCUGUAAAGUGAUGCUAAGAGAACAGAAAAUCAGAGGAAGAACAAAACUGUCCUGAAUGCAAAGCCUGUAGGGCCUGAUUUUGAAAAGGAGAGCUGACCAGCCUUUGCAAACGUGGCUUGUUCAUGCAUUUGCAUCAUUAAGACGUUGUAUGAACUGUGGGUUUGGUUUGUUGGGUUAUUUGGGGUUUUUUCAAAUGUACUGCCUCUCAGCUUUGUCAGGUUUUUUUGCUUCGAUAUGUGUAAGUUGAAAACAAAGGGGAUAUGAGGAGCUUAGAAAUUGUAGUUUUGUGUUAUGUGCUAGAUCAAAAUCACAUGAUACAAUUAUGAGUAUUUGCUAAAUGUUUAGAUUUAAUUGUCUUUUGUUUAUAUAUGGGGAAUUUUUGUAAGGGUAUUGAUUGCAUUUUUUUCAAUGCAGGAUUUUGCUUUUUCUUUAAAACAGCCACAAGUAACACGGUUGUAUGUUGUUACUGCCCAUUUGUGAUUUGGCAUUUUACCGUAUAGUCCUUCUGGGGAAACAGGUAUGAAUUGUGAACAAAGGUGGAAGACAUCUUGUCCCCUGAAACCACUUACUAUGAAAUAACCAAACCAAAGAGUUUACCUGUAUGCAGACACCAACAAAGUGUUUGGGUGAAUGACAGAAAUCCCAAGUAUGCAUUCCCUGCCUUUAUGGUGUUCUUUAGCUUCCUUUCAUCAACAGUAAGGAUAUUUUGCAUAUUGUCAUUGCUUGAUGUUUUAACUUUGUGCUUUUUUAUUAAACAAAAAAAAAAACC